AUGUCCGCGGAGCUCCGUCGGAAAAGCUUAUCAAAACCUGAAAAAGGUACCUUUCUGGAGCCCAAGUUGCCCUGGACAUAGCUAACUGUGUCGGUAAGCAGAUGGGGCGGAAGAAUAAAAAACCGAGGCCGGACCGGCCCGGGAACAUGGCCGAUAUCAGUGAACUCUUUGUGCAAGCGGGCUGGAAAUGGCGGACGUACUGGACGAUUUCUCCGACGUCUCAGAAGAGUACACCCCGCACAACCCAGCAGCCCCUGGCUUCCAGGGCCCCCCCAGGCCAUCUCCGGAGGUGGACAGCAGCUCAAUCCCACUAACCACAGCCAUCCUUACUAAACUUUUGGCUGACCUCCGACAAAGUCUCUCUGCAGAUAUCUCCCAAGUACGGGAGGAUGUCAGGGGAUUCACAGCCCGUUUAAUCACGGUGGAACAAGCAGUGGAGGAGCACACUCCUCAAAUAGCAGACCUGCAGAAGCAGGUGAGGGACCUCACCAAGGCGCAGGCUAACUUUGACAGCCAGCUAGCAAUUCUAGAAGAUAAGAGGAGGUGGAAACACCUGAAAAUUAGAGGCCUAUCGGACUCCAUCACUAUGGCAGAGAUGCCACACUUCCUACGUAGGCUGUUCAUGGCAUUACUACCCCCUAAAACAGCAAAGGGCAUUCAGCUGGAUGGAAUGUUUCGUCUACCCAAGCCUCAGUCCAACACAGCCCCAACCACCGGCGACCUCCUGGUUAAGUUUCAAAACGGGCAAGACAAAGCAGCCAUCUUACAAGCUACCAGAGGGAAGACCCCAUAUCACUUUGAAGAAAUGGACCUCACGUUCUUUGCUGACCUCUCCCGCUCGACGUUGCAGUGGAGGAGGUCGCUGAGACCACUGGCAUCCACGCUUACAUCCCUAGGCAUAAAGUAUCAAUGGGGCACACCUCGUGCGCUGACAUUCCAACAUAAUGGUGUGGAACACAGAGUCACGGAGGCAUCUGAAAUGGACGCUAUCCUGUCCUCCCUGAAACCGAGCCCUGACCCUCGACCCACUAACCCCACCUGGAACCCCGCUACCGUGGUUCCGUUCACUCCUGCAUCUCGAGGAACAAAGGGCGCACCUGCCACCUGAAAACGGAAUCAUCUGUGUUGGGACUUGUACCCUCUCUUUUUCUAAUAAGUUACCGGCAUUUAUGUCUUAGUUAUGGUUAAAACGUUGUGCUACACUUAGGAAUCACUCCCCUCCCCAUACUGCAUACGGCUGAACGACCGUACUGGUCGACACUGGGCGAAAUGAGACCCAACUAUCUCCCCUAAUUACGUCCAUCCUACCCUCCCCCCCCAGCUCCAAUCUUCUUGACCCACACAUAAACAGUUGGCGGAGCUGCCUCACUAAAAAGCUUGAGACACCAUACCAAGUUACUUGAUCCUUAAGGAUCCUCUGUUAUGAAACUACCCUACACCACAGUUGUCCUACUCACAGGCCCCCACUCUGUACUACUCUCGGGCCUACUACUUAGCCCAAACAGGGCUCCACACCCCGGCAGGAAGCAGGACCAUUAAAAUUAAAAUGAUCUCUCACUUGUUUGCCCAACGUGUAACUCCAAAUCUAUUAUUGCCACUGAUCGAUCCGCUUCUUGCAUAGCAUGUAACUUGACCUCUAUUGUAUUACCUCGUAUAGUCAGUUAGGGUAACCAAACUCUUAUUUUAUGUCAAUUUGUCUCUCUGCUGACUACUUCCUUUUUCUUUUUUCUUUUCUUCUUUUUUUUUUAUUUUCUUCUUUUUUAUUUCUACAAUUGAAAUUGCGUAGUUUAGCUACCAAACCAUUAUUAUAAAUACCGUGCUGUUUACUCGAGUAGAAACGUACCGCUAUUGCUCACUACAGCUCUUGUCAUGUUUCACUAUUCCAUUGUGUUUUUGACGUAUGCCGGCAAUUGCUGUUGUGGCAUUGCGGGUUACCUUGUAUACUUCUGCACGACCAAAAAUAAAGAAUUAAAAAAAAUAAAAAAUAAAAAAAACAUGAGUGUCCCUGCCACAUAUCUGUAUAGUAACCCUUUAAAACUGUCGGCCAAGCCAUUGCGUUAUGUGGGCGAAGUGAAGUCAUCACGUGACAUGACGUGUCACUUACAAAAUCGUUGAUGUCCGUGACCCUCACGUUUGAUGUCAUCACGCUGAAUGAUGCGUCAUAUUAGGCUGUUUGAAGGUUAAAUAUGGCGGCAGCACCGCAGCCAUUAACACAUGUUUGGUGGCCAUACCGCCCAAAACCCCCGUGAUGUGCAGCCGCCCGAACAGAGUGCCUGCGUUCCAAACCCUCCGAAAACCUGCAGCCCACGGAGGAACCCACCAGAGAAAAAGGAUAGAGAGGAUAAGAGGGGACGGAGAGGUACAGAGGGAGGUCCAGAAGAGGAUGAAUGAGAGUGAUGGUCGGACAGGAGGGAAUAGAGGAACACACAAAAUUGUCCAGGCACUCAAGGUGUUCAAAACGAAGGCAGUUUUAAAAGAACAAAAGGAGCAGCGACGUUUCGACCUGCUGUGAGGUCUUUGUCAAGCAGGUACAAAAAAGAAACAGACAAAUGAUCAAAACACAACCUUUAUCUAACCUUUGUUCCUCCUACUAGCUUUCUGUCCCAACCAGUCCUAUCUGACUGAGCAGAAAGCACAGCAGGAAGAGAAACCACUCCAAGCAAGCUGUGAGAAGUGAGGGGUGUUAACUCUUAAUGUGUUCUGUCCCUAUUUGGUGCUACACUUUUCUAAUAGAUUCACACCAUGGAACCAGCUAUUCAGCUGAAACCAGGUAAGUCUUUCUAUGGGGGGAGCUGCUGACAUUCAGGUAAUUCUUUCUAUGGGGAGGGGGGGGGGCUGCUGACAUUCAGGUAAGUCUUUCUAUGGGGGGCUGCUGAUCUUAUAAGUCUUUAAAGAUAAUCCAAGAUAAUUAGCAGACUCACUCCACUGCCUGGUUAUAACUGCAUUAAUAGCUCUGUGGCUGUAUUUAUGGAUGAGAGUAGUGCGAGUAGUAGCUCAGUGUUUGGAGGCUUAGAACAAUGUUACCAGAAUGUAUAACCUCCUGAUCAUGUAAAUGCAGGUAGACGGACAGUGGUAUUUGUAAACUUUUCAUAGUCUGUAGGAGGGAGUCAGUUAAUCAGUCAGUUCCUUAGGGACCCCUUGUUGGAUUCAAUGGUCAGCAUCUUGGAAAAGUCAUGUGAAAGACUUGCAGGAUCUGGGAAUCACAAGGCUGGGCUGUCGCUUCCUUUAAGACCCCUUCUCUGUGUGCAGCCCCCCAUCACUUCAGUAGCAGUGAACCCCAUCAUUACAUAUUCCCAUUUAUUCCUCAUCCGAUCUAUCACCACCUUUCCCUGGAUUCUUGUUUCUCCCUCAGCCUAGACUUUCAGUAUCCACCUUCCUCUUCAUAUUGGCUCCUUUUUUAGUUUGUGCAUAGAAAUAAAAUAACUUGUAGCUGACACCUUGUACUGUGAUACGUGCAGAUCUAUACAUACCUUAUUGGAGAAUGCAGCUCCUCCACUUUAUACUGUAAUAUUACAUAAACCCUGAAGGCAAGUACGGCAGAGCAUUCUAUUCCUGUAAAUGAUACAAAGACGGUUUUUCAUUAAAGCCUGAAAUUCAAAAUGAACUUGCAAUUUAAAAUACGGCAAAAUUCUGGGAAAAAAUCUCCGAGCUGUGACUAUAGCGGAGCUGGGGAUUGUUUUCAAAGCAUUUACUGUUUUUUUCUUUUCAAAUUUUAUCUAAUUCAGUUAUUAUAGUCCAAAUUUUGACAUUUAGAUUCAUAUUCACUACACUGUGGUGUUUAUUGAAUAAGCCCCUUGGUGAGUAACCUUGAGCUGUCUGAUAGGAAACAAGCUAACCAGUAAUUCCAAACGAAUUCUCAAACCCGAUUCACUUCCCCACUGUGGUUUAGGUGCUGCUGUUCCCUUUUAUAUCAUAAAGUCACAAAUAGGUGUUUAACAUAACACAGAACACAGAGGUAUAUCCUUUAACUCUGACUUUUUGGGACCAAUCGAACUAAGUCUUCUUACUAACACAAAUACAUUCCCAAUUCCCAUCAUCCAGAAGUAGAGAACUUGGCUGUAAUAUUAUUUUAUAUCAAUUUAUUCUAUUCUCUUUUUGAUUCCAUUUAAGGGUGCAGCAAAUCGGACAUUCGUAAGGAGGUUUGGGAUUAUAUUGAGAAGAAUGAUUUGGCAGACUUUCCAAGACCCGUUCAUAACCGGAUAAUCUACUUCAAGGUAUAGUAAGAUAAUUAUAUACAUCGGUGUAUUGUAUGUGAAUCAGAUGACUUGCUAACGGUAUCUGAAAUGUGGCCUACAGGUGGAGAAGGGAAUUUACCUGUUCAAUUUCACACAGACUAUUAGAAUACAAACUUCGAUUGAGGUAGUGAUUAUAUAUGAUGGAAAUAAUACAGUAUGCACAAUAAUAAGGAGUUUAGGCGCUCACUAUGAAUGUAACCGGUGGAAGCAGUAAACCAACCAAGGAUUCCCAAAAACCUUAAGAUAUAGAAUGUAUGCAAAAACAGAAUAUAAUAAGAGACACCAAAGAUUAAGGAUAUAACCAGUGUUGAAAACAACCUUGUAGUGUGAUAUAUACAAAGAACUGUGUACAUAUGCACUUGUGCUCCAAAGUUUGCAUACCCUUGGAGAAUUGGUAAUAUAUGUACCAUUUUUUAAAGAAAAUAUGAGUGAGCAGGAAAAACACAUUUCUUUUAUUUCUUUUGAUAUUUAUAUUUAACUGUAGGUUAUAACAGAAUGGUGCAAUCAUAAAACAAAACAUGGCAACAAAAAUAAAUAAAUGAAAUGACCCCUGUUCAAAAGUCUGCAUACCCUUAGUUCUUAAAACUGUGUAUUGCCCCGUUUAGCAUCAAAGACAGCAUGAAGUCUUUUGUAAUCGUUGGCUAUGAGGCCCCUAAUUCUUGCAGGUGGUAUAGCUGCCCAUUCGUCUUGGCAAAAUGCCUCCAGGUCAUGCAAAGUCUUUGGUCGUCUUACAUGAACCUCAUGUUUGAGAUCUCCCCAGAGUGGCUCGAUGAUACUAAAGUCAGUAGACUGUGAUGGCCACUCCAGAACCUUCACCUUUUUCUGCUGUAACCACUGGAGGGUCAACUUGACCUUGUGCUUAGGGUCAUUGCUGGAAAGUCCAAGAGCGUCCCAUGCGCAGCCUUCGUGCAGAAGAAUGUAAAUUGUCUGCCAGUAUUUUCUGAUAACAUGCUGCAUUCAUCUUACCAUCAAUUUUCACAAGACUCCCCGUGCCUUUAGAGCUUACCCCCUGCACCCCAAUAUAGACCAUAAAGCUCUAUAUUGGUCUUGUCACUCCAAGUUACAGUGUGCCAGAGGCUGUGAGGCAUGUCAAAGUGUUGUCGGGAAUAUUGUAACCAGGCUUUUUUGUGGCAUGGCGCAGCAAAGGCUUCUUUCUUGCAACUCGACCAUGCAGCUCAUUUUUUUUUAAAGUAUCGUUGUAUUGUGCUCCUUGAAACAACCACACCGUCUUUUUCCAGAGCAGCUAGUGUUUCUCCUGAGGUUACCUGUGGGUUUUUCUUUGCAUCCUGAACAAUUCUUCUGGCAGAAAUAUUUCUUGGUCUAUCUGACCUUCGCUUGGUAUAACGAGAUCCCUGAAUUUUCCACUUCUUAAUAAGUGAUUGAACAAUACUGACAGGCAUUUUCAAAGCUUUGGAUAUCUUUUUAUAUCCUUUUCCAUCUUUAUAACGUUCCAUUACCUUGUUACGCAGGUCUUUUGACAGUUCUUUUAUGCUCCUCAUGGCUCAGUAUCUAGCCUGCUCAGUGCAGCCACCUGAGAGCUAACAAACUAUUUGAGUAGUUAUACACAUACAUUAAUUGCUAUUUAAAAUGAACCUUUAAUUGCCCAUUUUAACCCAAAUAAGGCCAAAUAUUCAAGGGUAUGUAAACUUUUGAUCAGGGCCAUUUGGUUGAAUUCAGUUAUCAUUUUAAAAGGAGCCAAACAACUAUGUAAUAAUAAAUGGCCUCAUAUGAUCACUAUUCUGCAAUAAAAUAUUUUUUUUUAGGAUGAUCAGUCAUAUUUUCUUAAUCGUUGCCACAAUUUCACAAUUUCUGCAAUGGUACACAAACUUUUGAGCACAACUGUCAGUACCUCAGAAGAGAAAACAAGCAAAUAAUAGUGCAAUAUUUAUUAACAAUUAAAUUGAAAUCAAAUUUUAUAGAGAACUUACACUCUGUAGAGCUACUCAGAGCUCUGCUGUGUUGCGCAUGGGUGUGCAAUCCCUGGUUUAGGAUAUUUGUAGAUCCAAUAAUGUGUACAAUGGCUAUGUCCAAUAGUAUUCUGAUAAAUGGAAACAAGAAAAGAGAAAAAUCCAACAGUGUAGACCAAGCAUGUCAAACUCGUGGCCCACAAUGGACAUCUUUGCUCCCCGGCAAGCUGCUAGUACUUGCUUAGUGUUAUAGCAGAGUAGGCACCUGCUUUCUCCACAUUGCACGUGCCUAUUCUGCUAAACCUUACCCGGCCGGGGAGGAUGGCCAGCGAGGGAGCUCGGUGUUCCUGCUCCUCAUUGCUAAUUGCAUGCGCCGUCUGUAGUGAAGCCGGGCGCCGGAGUAGGACGUUAUAUUCCGGCACCCAGCAUCACUAAACCGCGCGAGGGAGCAGUGAGGAGCAGAUAGAAGACACUGGACCCCAGAGAGAGGCCCCACAUUGGCUCCCAAAGGUAGGGAGCAUUAAAGAAAAUUAUGUGUGUGUGUGUGUGUCAGUGAGUGUGUGUAUCAGUGAGUGUGUGUGUGUGUCUGUCAGUGAGUGUCUGUGUGUCUGUCAGUGAGUGUCAGUGAGUGUCUGUGUGUGUGUCUGUCAGUGAGUGUGUGUGUGUGAGGUGACAUCGACGUGCUCCAUCUUCACAGGGUUUCACAAAGUAGCGGAGGAUCAGACUUGGCACAGGGUGCGGACGGCGCCAUUUGGGGUAUACCAGAGGCCGGACUACGGAGUCACAUACUGGCAGCGGCAAUGUGAGUGGAGUCUGCUUGUUGAGUAGAGGGGGGUACUGGGAUUUAGUAUAUGGGGAGGACUGGGAUUUAUUAGAGGGGGGUACUGGGAUUUAGUAUAUGGGGGGGACUGGGAUUUAGUAGAGGGGGUGCUGUGGUUUAGUAGAGGGGUUUGCUGUUUUUUUUUUUAUACUGUACUUUUCAAAAUAAACCUACGUUUCUAUGAAAAUGUAAGUUUUUGGGGGGGUUUUUUGCGGCCCACAUAAACUUAAACCUUGUUUAUUUGGCCCGUGCCAGACUUUGAGUUUGACAUGCUUGGUGUAGACUGUAAAGGUAAGUAUAUAUUAUUAAUAAGUUACCCAACUUAUAAUUUGUAGAGCAGGAACCUGCUCUAGUAGUAAAAACCUUGGUGGUAUAAUCCCCUCCUGGGAUAUACAGGAACCAGGAAGUCAGCCAGCACAAAGAUAAUAAAGGUAUAUAGGAGUGGACUAUACCAGUAAAUUAACUUAAUUUAUAUAGCAGUAAAGCAAUAAACACAAUAAACAGUAAGUAAAUAAUAUAAAUAAUAGGCUCCAAUACCACACUUGGCACACUUCUCUCAACAGGACUUCUCUUCUUAUAUAUUCCAAUUGGGGAUUGUACCACCAAGACUAAAAAAAUUAUAUAUACAUUAUUUAUUUUUUAAUAAAAAACCAUCCAAGCACCUGUAGUGGUUUUGGUGUAAGGAGUGCCCGCUUAUUGUAAACAGUUUUAGAAUGGUUCGACGUAUUACUUGGGGUCCGCUGGGCUUCACUUCCUGGUUCCUCUUAGGCUUUAAAAAGCCAAUAGCUUCUGCUUAGCUGGUCUCUUUAGCUAAGCCCUGCCCUGCCGGCUAUAGAGGAGGCUGUAGUGGAGGUUGGGAUCUGUGCCCGGUGGACCCCGUGUAAGAAGUCAAAAAGUUCUAAAACAGUUUGACUUCUUACAUAUUGUUUGGACACUGAGGCCCUCUUGGUACCAUAACCACUACAUCAUACUGUAGUGGGUAUGGUGCUUGGAUAAUUCUUUUAGUGUAUCGUAAAGCUAAUAUAUAGAAAAAUAAUUAUAGUGGAUUGAUCUACUCCAGCAGACCUCUAUUAGUUUGCCAACAUUUCUUUCCUAACACAGGGGGCAUCCCAUGCUUGUGAAAAGCUGCUGAGCUUGCCAGAAUUCCACGAUGCCAGGACGGUUAAGAUUGACCCUGAUAGCCCUCAUAAUAAUGCCCGCUUCCUCACCCUGGAUGUAAGUAAUUCGCGUUUACACUAAUCUGUCUUCUCGUAUCCCAGAAGGUCAGGGAAAACACAGCCUUUUGAAAUGGGUUUGGCAUUGCUCCAAGUAAAAUAAGGCAUUAUCUUGAUAAAGGUCCAGGACGUUGGAAACAUAGAAACAUAGAAUGUGACGGCAGAUAAGAACCAUUCGGCCCAUCUAGUCUGCCCAAUUUUCUAAAUACUUUCAUUAGUCCCUAGCCCUAUCUUAUAGUUAGGAUAGCCUUAUGCCUAUCCCACGCAUGCUUAAACUCCUUUACUGUGUUAACCUCUACCACUUCAGCUGGAAGGCUAUUCCAUGCAUCCACUACCCUCUCAGUAAAGUAAUACUUCCUGAUAUUAUUUUUAAACCUUGUCCCUCUAAUUUAAGACUAUGUCCUCUUGUUGUGGUAGUUUUUCUUCUUUUAAAUAUAGUCUCCUCCUUUACUGUGUUGAUUCCCUUUAUAUAUUUAAAUGUUUCUAUCAUAUCCCCUGUCUCGUCUUUCCUCCAAGCUAUACAUGUUAAGAUCCUUUAACCUUUCCUGGUAAGUUUUAUCCCGCAAUCCAUGAACCAGUUUAGGAGCCCUUCUCUGAACCCUCUCUAAGGUAUCAAUAUCCUUCUGAAGAUACGGUCUCCAGUACUGUGUACAAUACUCCAAGUGAGGUCUCACCAGUGUUCUGUACAAUGGCAUGAGCACUUCCCUCUUUCUACUGCUAAUACCUCUCCCUAUACAACCAAGCAUUCUUCUAGCAUUUCCUGCUGCUUUAUUACAUUGUCUGCCUACCUUUAAGUCAUCAGAAAUAAUCACCCCUAAAUCCCUUUCCUCAUAUGUUGAGGUUAGGACUCUAUCAAAUAUUCUGUACUCUGCCCUUGGGUUUUUAUGUCCAAGAUGCAUUAUCUUGCACUUAUCCACAUUAAAUGUCAGUUGCCACAAUUCUGACAAUUUUUCUAGUUUACCUAAAUCAUUUGCCAUUUGGCUUAUCCCUCCUGGAACAUCAACCCUGUUACAUAUCUUAGUAUCAUCAGCAAAAAAGACAUACCUUACCAUCAAGACCUUCUGCAAUAUCACUAAUAAAAAUAUUAAAGAGAAUGGGUCCAAGUACAGAUCCCCGAGGUACCCCACUGGUGACAAGUCCAAGCUUUGAAUAUAUUCCAUUAACUACAACCCUCUGUUGCCUGUCACUCAGCCACUGCCUUACCCAUUCAACAAUAUUGGAAUCCAAACUUAAAGAUUGCAGUUUAUUGAUAAGCCUUCUAUGUGCAACAGUGUCAAACAACGCACUUAUGUGUUUUCUUUGCAAUGUUCGCUUUAAAUAGUAGCAAGCUGGUGCUAGCUCAGUGAGUUAACACCCUAACUUUAGAGACUUGUAUGUAUAACCUGAAAUGUUUCAAUCAUAAAGAACCCAUACAGCCUUUCAUCUUUCUGAGAUCUCUGAAAUGAGUAGCGAGUAUGUUGGGUUAUAGUAAUAUGAUAUAACUUACCGUGAAGCAUCGAAACAAAAACAAACAGGAGAUCUGAGAACACCGAGAACGGAUAGAAAUGUAAUCAUAUGCUCUUCGGUUCCCAUUCCCCCAGUAACCAGACGAAACAUAUUUCAAGGGGUCAACUGAUUUAUUUCAGACCACACAUGGCUUUUAUGCACAGACCCCUACAUGGGGUCUCCAACACAAUAAUACAGGGUUUUCAUUCCCAGGAUCCUUUGUGUCUGAGAGCUAAUUGCACGAGAAAAACCUAUAAUUCAAUUAUCUCUCAGGUACGAAAAAAUCUAUACAAAAUAUACAGUACCCCAAAAGUAGCUCCAUCAUAACUAGGAACCCCACAAAAGUUAUAUCCCCAGAUAGCUCUAAUCUGAGUGUAUAACAUAUCCAAAUAUCACUCAGAUCGGUUUGGUGAAACUGAAAUGCCACCAGGGUAAAAUAUUGACUGGUCGGACACGAGGCACUAGCCCAAAAACAGUUCUAGGGAAAUAGGUGUCCAGGCCGGUCUCUGUUCGGGGGUUCCUGUGCGAAUGCCAUGCAAGGGAUUCUCUUAAUUUCAGGGUACGAAUGCUCCCCCUGUUCAGUAGUUCCCAUCUCCCAAACAUCGUUCGCAAAGUUGGUCGGGAUGUAGAACAGGCAGCGGUCUAACCUUUACCGGGGUUCGUGCGAGUGCCUAGCCGAAAAGUGUUCCAGGCACUCGACGACCAAGUGCCGCUGCCCAUGUUCGGGAGACAAAAUGGCUGCCACUCCUUUGUCAACCACGCGCAUUUGGUUAUACGAAAUGGUGGCCAUCCAGGGGAAGCAUUCAUGAAUUACGUCCCUUGCGGUUUUGCACUUAAAGGACCACUCUAGGCACCCAGACCACUUCAGCUUAAUGAAGUGGUCUGGGUGCCAGGUCCCUCUAGGAUUAACCAAUUUUUUUAUAAACAUAGCAGUUUCAGAGAAACUGCUAUGUUUAUAAAUGGGUUAAUCCAUCCUCCAAAUCCUCUAGUGGCUGUCUCAUUGACAGCCGCUAGAGGCGCUUGCGUGAUUCUCACUGUGAAAAUCACAGUGAGAACACGCAAGCGUCCAUAGGAAAGCAUUAUGAAUGCUUUCCUAUGAGACCGGCUGAAUGCACGCGCAGCUCUUGCCGCGCGUGCGCAUUCAGCCAAAUGGGAGGAGAGGAGGAGGAUCGGAGGAGGAGAGCUCCCCGCCCGGCGCUGGAAAAAAGGUAAGUUUAACCCCUUUUCUCUCCCCAGAGCCGGGCGGGGGUUGGGGCACCCUCAGGGCACUAUAGUGCCAGGAAAACGAGUAUGUUUUCCUGGCACUAUAGUGGUCCUUUAAGUUGCUGAUGUGAACAUUCUAAUGGUCCUUGUUCAGGGGACGAAUGGAGGGUGUUCAUAUACCUUAACUCCCGAUCGAAAAAAGUGAUCCUAAAAGAAAUUGUUGCAGGCAGAGGGCAAAUGGGGCAUAAAAACUAAUAAGAUAUCGCACAUUAUCCAUCAUUGCAAUGGGUAGCUUGUUCACCUCAUCCAUGCAAACGACUCUACCGAACAGUGCCCUUCCAGGUUGUGUAGAAACGAACGCAAGUGAUUAUGGAAGUCCAGCGGUGUUCGGGAGUUUCAGUGUCAGAUUUUAGUUCCAUGAACUCAACGACCAAACAUCGCUGCCUGCAUUCGCGGGAACAAGAUGGCCGCCACCUCGUGGUCGUUAAUACGAUCUGUGGCCACCUAGACAAACAAUUAGAACACUGAGGUGGAAAUCGUUACAAGGAGUCAGUUUGACUUAACAAGUGCACGGGUGGUCUCUGGUUCGUGCGGUUGUUCGGUUCCCGAACGGCAUAGGGAAAUUACACAAACUAAACCUUUUAAACUGUUUUUUACAUGUUUCCCUGCAGGGCCCAUAGUCUAUGGGCAGGAGGCUGGCAAGCAGGCUCCUCUAGGAGCCCAUGGCUAGGUCACAUUCGCCACAUGAUCAUCUUGAGGUAUAGCCAAUAUCCCUCUAGUCACCGUGAGCAAAGGGCCCCUGUCUGGAUUACACUUUAAACAAGUUGCAAGAGAGUACAGAGAAGAAUGAGAAAAACAGACAUAUAAACAGUACAUCUGUAAAAUAGCAUAAAAUUCUCAAACUUUAUAAAAGUUAGGGAGAAACAAUAAGUAGAGAGAUGAUGGGAGGUGAAAACCGCUGCGAAUACGACUUCAGAUCGCAAGGAGGAAACAAUGUCUUUUUGUCCACAAAGUUUCUGUAAUUUUUACUGCUCUGUUUCUGGAUGAAUACAUGUGAUUCCGUAGCUAGUUUUAGCAGAAGUUAUGAAAAGAGUAUAAAUACAAUACUGGCAUCUCUGUCCUGGACCCUGAUUUUUAUUCAGUGUAAACCAGGAUGCGUGGAGCCAUGGCAGCUGUAAACCUUGACGGCAUCAUGUGUACCGAUAGAAGAGCAAAAUAUUACGCAGGAUUACUGGAAAUGUCAUAUUUUAUUUAACAUCGUAUCUAUCCCAUCCACAGGCUCAUAAAAUACUGCUUGUGCCCAAACCACGGCCUCGAAAAGGGCUGUUUUACAGGAUCAUCCCUCCGAAUAGGGCUGGCAAAGAAAUGCUGAAAAUGUGCUCUACUCCACAGGUACAGCACAUAAUAUGGUGUAAAUACUGAAAUCUGCUAUCACUGGAUGGUGUUAGAAAGAUCGACAAAGACCCAUGGCAGUCUAGGACUAUAUUUCUAAACACAAAAACCUUUUCAGUCUCUUGUUAUUAUUGAUUCUAGUCGCUCCCUUAUCCAAGGUACUUAAAGUGACCCAACAGACUUCAGGCGACCUUUGUUUAAAUGCUUUAUAGAGAAUAGGCAUUCGGUAGACAGAUAUAGCUUUUUGAGACAUAACUUGUGGUGUUUGGUAUGUCUCUUAACCCCUUAAAAGGAAACUAUAGUGCUAGGAAGACAACUUUGUUUUCCUGGCAUUAUAGUGACCUAUAGUCAUUGUCCCCCCACACCAUUGUGAUAAUUAGGCUAAAAACCCCUUUAUCACUUACAUGGGCACUGGUUCAUGCACCGUCUCUGCUCCUCCUUUGCCAAUGUCAGCCGGUAGGGGGACCUUAUGCGGAUGCGCAGGGUGCUCAGUGAUCGCAUUAGGACUUCCCCAUAGGAAAGCUGGUAGACAGCCACCAGAGGUGGAGUUAACCCUGCAAGGUAAUUAUUUGAGUUUAUCAAAAACUAUAAUUACAAUUGCAGGGUUCGGGCCCGGGACACUGCACCCAGACCACUUCAAUGAGCUGAAGUUGUCUGGGUGCCUAUAGUGUCCCUUUAAGGAUGAAAGCAAUUGUGCACGUUCUGAUCAAAACAAAAUGUAAACAAUAUAUAUCUGUUCAACCAUAAUUUACUUCUUUCAUGUUAAGUGUACCCGCACUUAUAAUAUAUCAUUUUGUUCAGGAGAAACAGGGCUUUCGUUUCACAUCAAAUAUUUAUAACAUUAUAUUAUAAUAUUAAACAUAGUUUAAUAUGAAUAAAAUCUAAACAAAAGUUUGAGAAAUUAAGAGAUUCUCUCAUUUUUCAUGUUCGGCAUGUGUACUGCAUGGCAUAAUUUACUAAACUGGAUUCUCUCCAGUUACCUUACAUAAUCCAGGAGGCAGGUGUUCUCCCUAACAAUUUCAGUGACCACUGUCUAGUGUAUUGCAAACGCAAAAUAGGCCAUUAUAUCCCCUCCCAAGAUUAUAAUCACCAGGUAGAGUGCAAAUAAAAGGGACACACCUGCGCUGGCUUACAGCUGACCUCAUUCAAAUGUACCAGUUCAAGCAUCCGACCCUACUCCUCUCAACAGAUGCCAAGAAGGCUUUUGACUGGGUGGACUGGGGACUCAUGUUUAAAACACUCCAGAGUAUGGGCAUUGGACCCAAAUACAUCUCAUGGGUGGAGGCACUAUACACCUGCCCAACAGCACGAUUGCAGAUCAACAGAGCUCUGUCGAACCCGUUCCAAAUACACAAAGGGAUGCGCCAAGGCUGCCCACUGUCGCCCCUGCUUUUUGCACUCACCUUGGAACCCUUCCUGAACAACAUCAGAUGCAAUGAGAAUAUACGCGGAUUGGAAGUGGGUCGGACACACCACAAAGUUCUAGCGUAUGCAGACUACCUCCUCUUCGUAGUGAAGGACCCAACCACAUUCCUGCAGACGAUCACAAUGGAAUUUGAAACAUAUGGCCGCAUAUCCAAUCUACAAAUCAACUACUCCAAAUUGGAAAUCUUAGGCAUUACCACCAGCCACAACCAACAGUGGAUGCUCCAACAAAGCUUCCCCUUCCGCUGGUGCAAAACCCAGGUGCGAUACCUAUGAAUCUGGCUCACACCAGACCCGGCGGACCUAUACACUCACAACUUUGCACCCAUUCUCAAAACGGCAGUAGAGGAACUACAAAACUGGAAUUCAUACUAUAUCUCCUGGCUGGGCCGAGUAAACGUGGUCAAGAUGACCUUACUUCCCAAACUCCUCUUUAUCUUCCAAAUAAUACCAGUCCUGGCCCCAAAAACCUUCUUUACCACCAUACAGGCGGAAGUCCGCAAAUUCAUCUAGAAAGGCAGAUCCCCCCGUAUAGCUCUUUCCCAACUGACACUACCCAAACACAAGGGCGGACUAGCUCUACCAGAUUUAAAAAAGUACUACCUAGCGGCUCCUAGCACCAGAGUCAUCAGCUGGUCCACGCAGGGCCGCCAUCAGGGGGUGACAACCAUGAUGGUUGUCACGGGCCCGGCGACCCUGCCUACAGGUAACGGAACCACCAAAAGCAAUCUCCUUGAUCUACGCCACACUGGUGACGGGCCGAUACCUACUGGCCCUACCAUGCAUCAGACAGUGGGAAUAAGACCUCGACGAAACAUGCUCGGAGGCAGACUGGGACAAAAUCAUCACCCACGUCCAAAAACCCCAAAGUCGGCAAGACUACAAGAAAAUGCAUACAAAGUCCUCACCCGAUGUUACAUGAACCUGGCCACGCUCCACGCCAGAGACCAUACCGCACCAGACACUUGCUGGCGAUGCGGAGAGGAGAGGGUCACCUUCAAACACAUCUAGUGGGAUUGCACCCUUAUUAUUCCUUACUGGGAAACUAUCGGCCAAGUGAUACGCAAGGUGACCGACGAGACACUACCGCUGACACCGGCUCCAUAUCUCCUCCACCACACUAGUAUGCCGAUGCCUGCCUAUAAAAGAUCAGUGAUUCCAAAACCAUCAUCCCUGUCUACUAGAGACAACCACGCACCCCCCCUUCUCAAGCGAUGGGUGGAGGAGGUGGAGGAUACAAGAAAAUUCAAGACCUGAAAGCAAGCUCGGCGAAGGACAAAGAAAAAUACACGAAGAGAUGGUUCCACUGGCUGAGACAUAUCACAGUUUGCACAACUUUUGACAACUACUUAGAUGGCCAGAGGGUAAAUGAGAGAGCAUGGAGUGCUGUUGUGGAGGAGGGUCCGGGGGGCGCAGCGUACUGGAGCGGUGACCGAAGGCGACCAGCUUCCCUAUUCCCCCUCUCGCUCUCCCCCGCUUUCUCCCCUCCCUCCUACUGAUUCCACGUCUCCGACCUUUCCACCCCAGACCCGACCUCCCCCUCCAAACCGCGGACCCGACCUGUCCACCCUAUGCCUUCCCAGAGUACUAAAGAUGAACCACAGGUGUCCAUCAACCGCUUUCUCACAACCACCUCAUCACGUAAUACUCCCCCACCGCUCGAACCCAUCACAAAACCAAAAGGGCAUAACACUAACGCAGGCCACCAUGCUGGUAACACAAACAAUACCACCAACAACAGACAAUCCUAUCUACACUAUAACCACGCUGCACACAUGGGGUAAGGGGGGAUGGGGUGAAAACGCACACUAUCUCUAGGUGCACCGACUGCUAAAACCACUACUCACCCUAACUGCACCGCAGGUGGCUUCACCUCUGCAGGGGCAACCAAUUUGACCAGAUGAUUACGAUCACCACUACCUCACCACACCAUCUACCUCUGCGCAGGCAAAGGUUACUGUAUAGUUGAUGACUUCACCAUGCCACGCACACCCCGGGCAACUAAACUAAAUGCCUAACCAGGCAUCUAAGUGAAGCUCAAGAGUGAGGACCCUCCCUUUCGAACCAGGCUCUCUCGCUGAUUCAUUACCCAUUGAAAAGCUGGCAUACUAUGCCCAGGUGUCAACACUCAUUUCGGAGUAUAUAAGUCUAUGAUUCUAGACACAAUCACCUACGUAACACCCUAUUGCACAUCCAGCCACCACCACAUACAUAUCUGUUACUACGCUGUUACAAACUGUUCAAUACUGCCUAUGACGGAAUUGUUCUGCACAAUGUUAUGUUAAUCCACUUUGACCCAAAUGCCUCUGCGCAGGUGACCAUAUGCCCUUCUUAUCACCCUGCGAUAUGUUUUGCUUUUACCAUGCUACCACAACAAAAAACACUUAACACAAAUGCUAACAUGCAUAUUAUACAGGGAGUGCAGAAUUAUUAGGCAAGUUGUAUUUUUGAGGAUUAAUUUUAUUAUUGAACAACAACCAUGUUCUCAAUGAACCCAAAAAACUCAUUAAUAUCAAAGCUGAAUAUUUUUGGAAGUAGUUUUUAGUUUGUUUUUAGUUAUAGCUAUGUUAGGGGGAUAUCUGUGUGUGCAGGUGACUAUUACUGUGCAUAAUUAUUAGGCAACUUAACAAAAAACAAAUAUAUAACCAUUUCAAUUAUUUAUUAUUACCAGUGAAACCAAUAUAACAUCUCAACAUUCACAAAUAUACAUUUCUGACAUUCAAAAACAAAACAAAAACAAAUCAGUGACCAAUAUAGCCACCUUUCUUUGCAAGGACACUCAAAAGCCUGCCAUCCAUGGAUUCUGUCAGUGUUUUGAUCUGUUCACCAUCAACAUUGCGUGCAGCAGCAACCACAGCCUCCCAGACACUGUUCAGAGAGGUGUACUGUUUUCCCUCCUUGUAAAUCUCACAUUUGAUGAUGGACCACAGGUUCUCAAUGGGGUUCAGAUCAGGUGAACAAGGAGGCCAUGUCAUUAGAUUUUCUUCUUUUAUACCCUUUCUUGCCAGCCACGCUGUGGAGUACUUGGACGCGUGUGAUGGAGCAUUGUCCUGCAUGAAAAUCAUGUUUUUCCUUGAAGGAUGCAGACUUCUUCCUGUACCACUGCUUGAAGAAGGUGUCUUCCAGGAACUGGCAGUAGGACUGGGAGUUGAGCUUGACUCCAUCCUCAACCCGAAAAGGCCCCACAAGCUCAUCUUUGAUGAUACCAGCCCAAACCAGUACUCCACCUCCACCUUGCUGGCGUCUGAGUCGGACUGGAGCUCUCUGCCCUUUACCAAUCCAGCCACGGGCCCAUCCAUCUGGCCCAUCAAGACUCACUCUCAUUUCAUCAGUCCAUAAAACCUUAGAAAAAUCAGUCUUGAGAUAUUUCUUGGCCCAGUCUUGACGUUUCAGCUUGUGUGUCUUGUUCAGUGGUGGUCGUCUUUCAGCCUUUCUUACCUUGGCCAUGUCUCUGAGUAUUGCACACCUUGUGCUUUUGGGCACUCCAGUGAUGUUGCAGCUCUGAAAUAUGGCCAAACUGGUGGCAAGUGGCAUCGUGGCAGCUGCACGCUUGACUUUUCUCAGUUCAUGGGCAGUUAUUUUGCGCCUUGGUUUUUCCACACGCUUCUUGCGACCCUGUUGACUAUUUUGAAUGAAACGCUUGAUUGUUCGAUGAUCACGCUUCAGAAGCUUUGCAAUUUUAAGAGUGCUGCAUCCCUCUGCAAGAUAUCUCACUAUUUUUGACUUUUCUGAGCCUGUCAAGUCCUUCUUUUGACCCAUUUUGCCAAAGGAAAGGAAGUUGCCUAAUAAUUAUGCACACCUGAUAUAGGGUGUUGAUGUCAUUAGACCACACCCCUUCUCAUUACAGAGAUGCACAUCACCUAAUAUGCUUAAUUGGUAGUAGGCUUUCGAGCCGAUACAGCUUGGAGUAAGACAACAUGCAUUAAGAGGAUGAUGUGGUCAAAAUACUCAUUUGCCUAAUAAUUCUGCACUCCCUGUAUAUUGCCCACAGUGGUACAAUGAAUCACUCAGACCUGGGGCACUAUUAUACUUGAGCCGUUCAAAGUCCUCUGCUCAUUUACUGUCCUCAAAGCCGAUUAGUCCGCUAGAGACAUAGCAGCUCCCCGGUAACCGACACAAGGCUACUACGCAACCUCCAACAACACUCCAGCCACUGCAACACUAGGCUCUUGCCCUGACGCUUUUCACAUUAAUCAGCAUCAGGCAAAUACUUUAGUUUUAAAAUGCCAACCUUAGGCAACUUUACCUGCACAUUGUAGGAUGGCUCUGUGCUACCAUACUCUGCCUCAGUGUGGGCUAGGGUCUACAAAGCAUCGAUACCUGUGGAGUGUUUGAACAUAGUAUGCCAUUUAUGUAAGCUACUCUGUCCUUGUCUGCUCCUUACCUACUGGUGUAUGAUUUAGCACUGCACGGCCUUUAUUAGUUCUGAUUCUUGGAAUAAUCGUUAAAGUAGAACAAAAACGCACCUCUGUCACCUCAUGCAUAUCUGAUAAAACACUGCUACAAAUUGUUCACUAAUACCUAUCUAGGAAUUGUUCUGCAAUUAAUCUUGUUUGUUUACUUUGACCUAUCUGCCUCUGCGUAGGCGACCAUGUGCCUCUCAUAUCAACCUGCAAAAUGUUUGCUUUUACUCUGCUAUCAAAAUAAAAAAAAUAAAAAACAUUUAACACAAAUGUACCUGUUAAGAGAUUUACUGUGGUCAAAGUUCAAGCGUAGUGGCUCCAUGAACGAUCACUGUGCCUACAGACAAAAUGCAUGCACAAAACAAACAAAAAUGGAAAAGGCCCAAGAUUUCAGUGACAGUCCUGGUUUAAGAGCUCUUCUGGGAAGCUCCCACCCUACCUGAGCAGAAUGCUUUCCCUGGCUGUUCCCACUUCCUAUAAUCUCCGAUCCAGUACCAGCACUUUAUUUAGUCUACCUCAAUACAAAAAGAAAGCGGCUCGAUCCUCCUUUUCCUACAGAGCACCGCAAUUAUGGAACGACCCCACACAAACCUUCAAAUCUUCCCCAAGCCUAAAAUCCUUUAAGAGAUCCUUCUCUACAUAUCUCAAAACAGAAUGCACCUUCAUGGUUGAUUAUAUAUUUCUUACCGUUCUUUGUUAAAGUUUGUAUAUAUUGUGUAUUAAUAUUGUUUUUGUAUUUUAUUGUACCCUAUUGUAUCAAUGCAAUGUUUUGUGGACCCAGGACAUACUUGAAAACAAGAGAAAUCUCAAUGUAUCUUUCCUGGUAAAAUAUUUUAUAAAUAAAUCAAUAAAAUCAAACUAUCUGACCGAUGAUCAAUCAGGCGUUUGUCCAAAUCACUCAACUUCGAAUGUUUGCAAUGACAUCCAAAUUGGUAUGGAACAAGGAGACUUAACUGGAGCUAUUUUCCUUGAUUUUGCCAAAGCCUUUGACACAGUAGACCAUGGCAUUUUUUUGCAAAAACUUAAAAACUCAGGCAUUGGUGAUCGUCCAUUAACCUGGUUUCGAUCAUAUGUUUCACACUAAUUUCUGAUAGUGCCUCCCUUCCUCUUCCAGUCACAUGUUUUGUUCCCCAAGGCUCCAUACUCCACUACUAUUCACAUUAUUUAUAAAUGAUCUGUCUAACGCCUGCAAGUCGUUAACUGUACACAUGUAUGCAGAUGACACAGUAAUUGAAGAUUAAAUAAACAUAUAUUGAAAAAUAAACAGCGUUUGGAUCUAAUUAAGGAAGCUACAGAUCUUUUUUUUACAGAAAAUGUCUCUCCUGACAUACCAUUGCCAAUGAUAUGGUGUGCCUUUAAAUGUACUAUUAGAGGUCACCUAAUCAAGCUGGGCAGUCAAGAAAAAUGACAAAAUAAUAUGAAUAUAUCUGAAUUGUAUAUAAACUUAGACUGUUUGGAGAAGGAAAACAGGAGUAGUCCCUCAAAGGAAAAGAGCGACAGAUUGAUGGCCAUCAGGAACCAGCUUAGUAAUAUUUUUAUUCAGAAAGCAAACUAUACUCUUGAAAACCUUAUGAGAACAGAGGCGGCUCUCUAAUUAGGCGAUUUAGGCGGCCGCCUAAGACCUCGCGCUGGCUGGGGCCUCGCGGCCGCCUAAAUCGCCCAAGGGCAGACUGACAUGUCGGGUCCUCGGUCUAUGACCGAGGAUCCGACAUCAGGGGGAACCCGGCGGCUUGCCCUUUAUGCCGCCGGGUGCGAGGCCCCCUCAGUCCGCCCGGAGAGCCAGCCUUCAGUCUGCAGCUCCUCCGGGUGUGAGCUGCAGACUGAAGUGCCUCACGAUCCCCAGCCAAUCAGAGCGUUGCCGCGGGUUACCACGGCAACGCUCUGACUCCUGGAGAUCGCGAGACUCCUAUCACGUGGUCUGCAGCUCACACCCGGCGGAGCUGCAGACCGGAUAGGAGGCCCACCGGACCACCAGGGAGCCAGGACACUGGACCACCAGGGACACCUGCAAAGGUAAUUCCCCCUGUCACCCCCUAAGUCCCCUGUCACCCCUCAGCGUCCCCUGUCACCCCCUAAGUCCCCUGUCACCCCUCAGCGCCCCCUGUCACCCCUAAGUCCCGUCACCCCCUAAGUCCCCCUGUCACCCCUCAGCGUCCCCUGUCACCCCCUAAGCCCCCUGUCACCCCUCAGCGUCCCCUGUCACCCCUAAGUUCCCUGUCACCCCUCAAAGUCCCCUGUCACCCCUAAGUCCCCUGUCACCCCCUCAACCCCCUGUCACCCCCUCAACCCCCUGUCACCCCUCAAAAAGUCCCCUGUCACCCCUCAAAGUCCCCUGUCACCCCCUAAGUCCCCUGUCACCCACUAAGUCCCCUGUCACCCCCUAAGUUCCCUGUCACCCCUAAGCCCACUGUCACCCCUCAAAGUCCCCUGUCACCCCUAAGUCCCCUCUCACCAAGUCCCCUGUCACCCUCUACCUAAGUCUCCUGUCACCCCCUAAGUCCCCUGUCACCCCCUAAACCCACUGUCACCCCUCAAAGUCCCCUGUCACCCCUAAGUCCCCUCUCACCAAGUCCCCUGUCACCCUCUACCUAAGUCUCCUGUCACCCCCUAAGUCCCCUGUCACCCCCUAAACCCACCUAAGUCCCCUGUCACCCCUAACUAAGUCCCUUGUCACCCUCUACCUAAGCCCCCUGUCACCCCCUCACCAAGUCCCAUCACCCCCUCACCAAGUCCCGUCACCCCCUAACUAAGCCCCCUGUCACCCCUCACCGAGUCCCCUGUCACCCCCUAACUAAGCCCCCUGUCACCCCUCACCAAGUCCCCUGUCACCCCUAAGUCCCCUGUCACUUCUAAGUCCCCUGUCACCCCAUCACUUAGUCCCCUGUCACCCCCUACCUAAGCCCCCUGUCACCCCUAACUAAGUCCCCUGUCACCCCUCACCAAGUCCCCUGUCACUCCUAAGUCCCCUGUCACCCAUCACUAAGUCCCCUGUCACCCCCUACCUAAGCCCCCUGUCACCCCUCACCAAGCCCCCUGUCACCCCUCACUAAGUCCCCUGUCACCCCCUACCUAAGCCCCCUGUCACCCCUCACUAAGCCCCCUGUCACCAUCACUAACUUCCCUGUCACCCCCCACCAAGCCCCUGUCCGCCCCCUGCAUGCUGGAGCCUGUGGGUAGCACAUGGUGGAGGUGUUGGAGCGGAUUUUGCAUCGAGUUUUGGAGCCAUUCUGGAAAUUGUUUGCAGUUGUUUUGGGAAUUUUUGGUGCAUUUCUCAAGCUGUGGAAAGGCGGGGAGCUGUGCUUCGUCGUUUGCAUGCCUUUUAUUGUGUGUUCUGCAUUGUGGGUUGGUUUCCAUGCCAGCUCAUUUUGACUUUUUUCUGACCUCCAGAACAAAUUAAUUGGUUUUCAAUUCAUUCCUAUGGGAAACCACGUUUCGGUUUACAAAUUUUUCGCAAUCAGAAAUGUCCCGUAGAACGCAUUAAAUUCGUAAACCGAGGUCCCACUGUAUAUAUAUAUAUAUAUAUAUAUAUAUUAGUCAGCCAGUCCACACCAGCCAGUUGAUUCAAUGCUUUCCUAUGGGGAGGUCUAAUGAGCGUGCAUUAGACCCUGUGUGUCGCGGGACAGAGGAAGGGCUGAGCAAUGAUCCAGCGCCGAUCGACAUCAGCGCUAGGAAAAGGUUAGUAGAUAAAGGGUUUUUAUUUACAGAGGGGGGCACAAGGGAGGGGGGAGGCAGAGAAAUACAGCUUUGCAUUCCUGGCACUACAGUAUCCCUUUAAGUUUCCAUACUUAACCAAGAGCAUGUGAAGAGUAGGAAAAUUAAUGGGCCUAUUUCAAUAGGCAGGGGCCUCUAGCUUCAACUCCAUCAGCCUCUAUGUUAAUCUGCCUUGCUCCUAUCCAGUUUUCAGGGGAGACUCAUGCCAGCAAGGGCUACUCUGAAUAAAAAGCAUGGCCACUAAUCAAUUUCAGUAGAAAUAAAAAAAAACUCUGCUGCCAUCUACUGGCUAAACAUUGCAUUACAGCUACUUGAUUUGCAUCUUACAUGUCUCUACUUUCUCGUAGUAUAUUUAUAGAACAUUAAAUCCUAUUUGCAGGGAGUGUACAAUUACGGUGUCCCUGUGAGUUUGGAUGACAGAAUAUCCGUGGACCUGGUGGUUCUAAAUGGGUGACAAAUUCAUCAUACUAAUAGUACAAGCUGUGAGAACCACUGCAGCCUGAAUGCAUGUUUUUACAUUGCCUCUCACUGGAGAAGUCCAGCGCAUCAAAACAGGGAGAGCACCGAUGUCAAUGCAGGGAGAGCACCUCUGUCAAUGCAGGGAGAGCACCGCUGUCAAUGCAGGGAGCGCACCGCUGUCAAUGCAGGGAAAACCCCGCUGUCAAUGCAGGGAGAGCACCGCUGUCAAUGCAGGGAACGCACCGCUGUCAAUGCAGGGAGAGCACCGCUGUCAAUGCAGGGAAAACCCCGCUGUCAAUGCAGGGAGAGCACCGCUGACAAUGCAGGGAGAGCACCGCUGCCAAUGCAGAGAAAGCACCGCUGUCAAUGCAGGGAGCGCACCGCUGUCAAUGCAGGGAGCGCACAGCUGUCAAUGCAGGGAGAGCACCACUGUCAAUGCAGGGAGCGCACCGCUGUCAAUGCAGGGAGCGCACCGCUGCCAAUGCAGAGAAAGCACCGCUGUCAAUGCAGGGAGCGCACAGCGGUCAAUGCAGGGAGAGCACCGCUGUCAAUGCAGGGAGCGCAUCGCUGUCAAUGAAGGGAGAGCACCGCUGUCAGUGCAGGGAGAGCACCGCUGUCAGUGCAGGGAGCGCACCGCUGUCAAUGCAGGGAGCGCACCGCUGUCAAUGCAGGGAGCGCACCGCUGUCAAUGCCCGUUUCUCACUUGAGGUUCUGUUAUUCAGGUUGGAGAAUUGGAAAAGGAGAAGGAUUUGCUGACUUGGAGCACGCCAUGAUGAUGGCGAUGGAAGCGGUUACAGAAGACACUGUUGUGGUCACUAUAGUUCACGAUUGUCAAGUAAGUUUCAACUUCCUCCUCCUGUUAUUACAGUUACUAUGUUAUUACAUAAUAGCAGUCUCUGGAAGUAGGAUAAAAUAGCAUGCAGAUUGUCAGCUCUUGGGGCUUUUGUUUGUAUGAAUGUUGUCUGACCUCCGCCUGCCCCCAUAUGCCUUAUUUCUCCAUGGAGAGUUUUCUACUAAAGUAGCAUAGUAAUGUAGUAAUUUGUGUUCAUAAAAUGCAACCUCCCAUCCCUGAAUAUUCAUUAAUUAAAUAAGCAUAUGUUAAUUAAUGGGAAAUAUUUAAUUUUCUAAAGGACCAGUUUAUAUAUGGGGCAUUUUGAAUAGUCAAACAUAAUUUAGCAGUGCCCAAAUUAAAUAAAACUCUUAAUUAGCUACAAUUCAACAUAACAAAAAUUGGAAUCACUGAGUUCCUGAGGUGGUCUUUAAUUAACACUGAACAAUCCCUACUGUAAAGAUCAUUUUGGCUCAUUUGCCAAGUUACCAGAGUGCAAAUAAAAAAUUAAAAUGUGACGCCUUCAGGGGAGCUCUUGAAGCCUAUAUCUGCCAAAAUGAGAGUAGGAGAAGCACAGAUACAGCACAAACCCUUCCACGCCACUGCUGGUGAGGGUUAUCCCAGGACCAUACUCUAGAGUCUUCCAAAUUAGUGCUUGUACUGCUGAGAGAGACCCUAGCAAAGUCUGAACGACAUUUUAUCUAGUGUACAGGCCUUACUAAGAUGGCAGAUGCCACAUGCUCCUCCACAACUAGUGGCUUGUCUUAUACUGCACUGGCUCGGCUAGACGAACUGUUUGCAGAUAUCUGCGGAAACAUAAGUGGGCAACAGCAAAUGACCAAGAAAGAUCACAGUCUACCCUUUAGUCAAUCGCAAAAUGUCCCACCAACAUCGGAUGGUCUUCUUUAGGCAGAUGCCAGGGCUCUGGGGUCUACUCGCCAUAAGAGAAUUUGGAAUAAUCACCAGUCGCGGUUAUGGUGUUGGAUCCCCAGGAGUCAUGGUGACCAUUGCCACAAACUCUGGCUGAGAGCCCUCAUGAUGGGGACUCCUUGUGCAUGGCCCACACAUUUUCAGGUUCUACAAAUAACACCGUCAAGUUACAGCUUCACUCCAAACUAAUGAUCAGGGAGCCAAAGGUAUCCAGAUUGGUGGGCAUCGCAUACAGGCUCUCGUUGGUGCCCGAGACUCCUUAUUAUUUCUUUUUAUCAAUCGUGCAUUCUGCUUCUUAAGUGUAGCUUCUUAUGCACUAUUAAUGUCGCUUAUCCUAAAGGCUGCAUGUUUAUUUUAGAUUGUGUUACGUACCGUCGUCUAACUUUGCAACUUCUGCAAAUACCUAUACCAGACCACUAUACAAGGUUCUGUUGCACUACCUAUGUUUUCUCCACUUAUUUAAAAAUGUGUACUCACUCAAAGUGUACUCAAACUGUUAAUCUGUAAACGUAUAUAUUAUACCUCUGCGUAGGUUCCCUAAUGUGUUACCAACUCAUGUCUAUUAUCUCUGAAGUAUCCCUACAAAAUGAACCUUUACAAAAGCUAAUAAACCAUGAUUAAAAGUUGUGAUCCUCACCAACCCUGAACUAACCGGGAGUGAGCCCAACCCAGUUAUUUUAAAGCAAGGAACGGAACUUAACAGAAUGCUACCGUCCCACUUGAUUCAAAUGAUUAACCUUCACCCAGAGGCCCCUGCACAUCCACUUAAUCCCUCUGCUUUGUACAUGGCAUGAUAUAACUAAUGAUUUAAGUUUACAGUGAAAAGUUAAGGAAACCUAUAUUUCUGAAAAUGCUAUUCAGUUUUUGAAAAUAUGAGAAUUUCUAAGCUUUCAACUCAACUGAAACUUUUUUUCCCAGUUACCAAGUAGUUUUGGAUGGAAUAUACAAAUUCAGAAAUGAAUCUCUGUGUGAUCAAAGCACUUUCAGUCUGUCAGAUUAUUUCCCCAUUUUGCAAUUUGGAUGCACAGUCUUAGCUAACUAUGAAAUAAAACAUGUAUAGGUCUAUGUGAAAUGCCUGGUUUAUUAAGUCACAAUUUUGCUUGUUCCUCACCGAGAUCGUUGGAGUUACUUAUUACAUUAUCAAAUUAGACAUGUCUGCCUUAUUGUGUUGAAGGUGCUUGAUUUUCCCGAGGAUCUCCUGGGAGAGCACAACCUCACUGUGGAUUAUAUAUUGACACCAACACGAAUUAUUAAAACAGACUGCAAGCGUCCAAAGCCAGAAGGAAUCAUAUGGUCUAAGGUGAGAUUACUAUAGAAGUACCUCAUUCGUUCCUUAUUCCAUGCGGCUUUAUCAUUCUAUUUUUUCUAACUCCAAAUACGCUAUGGUCACAUCUAUUUUUGCUCGGUUCUCCCAUUCAGAAUUAAAUCACGAAAAAUCAAAGUUUAGUGAAACACCCUGUUAGAGAAAGCUAAUAGAAUUAAAUACCCCAGCAGGCCUUUUUGUAGCUUCUAAAGAUAGGACUUGGCCGCUCCUAACGUUCUAGAUAACAUCAGGUUAUAGAGUGCAUUACCUGCUGGGCCAUUCGCUUCCUUUCCUGCCGCACAGACUUGAACAAUUUUGGUUAAUAUUAUUAUUGAUAUUUAUAUAGCGCCAGCUUAUUCCACAGCUCUUUACAUUAAAAGGGGUAAUUUAACAAAUGAGACAAUAACGAAAUGUUACAGGAAUAAUAGGUAGACAAGGAUCCUGCUUGUAACGGGACCAGGGUAACACGUCUGGUUAUCCCCUCGUUAUUAAUAAGUGCCCCGACCCAUUUCCCCCAGUAACUGGAUGACACACAGUUCCAGGGUACAACAAAAAUCAUUAUUUGCCACACUCAGCUUUAUAUGUUUCCCCGUGCAAGGGGUGGGCACUAGACAAAGACAAUGUCCCCUCACAGGGACUUCCUGGCAGGAAUGGGACUCAAGUCCCUUUGUCCCCAGUUCCCGCCACCCAAAUACAGGAUUUCCCAUUUCCCGUGGCAGGGAGUUUCCUUCCCAGGGUCCUCUGUACCUGGGAGUCCCAGCGCGGGAAAGAUUCCCACUUCCUGGUCUCCCAGACACAGAAAGCCCACCAAAACCGCCAUUGUCCCCACCAAUCUCAUGGACUCCCAGAAUGGUCACCAGCAUGAACAGCCUCAGUUUGCAGGGUCCCUGGGUAAAACUAAGCAAAGGAAAUGUAUUCUUUCGGGACACGAAUGCCCCCCUGGCCAGUGCUCAUCUAUGCGAAUGGCAGCCACCCAGGGAAGCACUCAUUAAUUACUUCCCUUGCAGUUUCACACUUAUGUUGCACGUUGCCAACGUUCUAAUUGAUUGGUAUGAACACCCCAAGGAUGCUGGGGAGGUCCUAGUUCAGGAACAGAAUAAGGUGGGAAACAAUUUGCGAAUGCUCCACCUGGACGGCGUUCAUCUAACGACCAAACUGCCACCCAGGGUCGGCACGCGUCAAGGCUUCCCUUGUGGUUUGUGGUUUUCACACCUCGUUAGCAAGGUGCGAACAUUCUAAGUAAACAUUCGAAAUGGGGUAUUGGGGUGGUCCCCGUUCCUGAGAUGAACGGGCUGCGUUCGAGUAUGGUCUCCCGAACGGGGAGCAGGUAAAAUACACAAAUAAUCACGAAUGACGGGGAAACAUAAGCAACUAUAUAAUUACACUUGCUGGUUUAGCGUGAUCCCGCCACUCUGUUCAAAUGAGCUUACAGUCUAAAGGAGGUGGGGCAUAACAAAGGGGCAGACGUGGGGGAUGUUUCGAAGGUGGAAUCGACAGGUUUUAGAAACACAUUGGACAUGAAGUGCAAAGGUGAGGCCAGGAUCAAAAAUGACACCUAGACAGCGAGCUUGCAAGGAUGGGGUGAGGCAGGCACCAUCAACCUGCACAGAGAGUGAAAGAGGAGGAUCAGUGUUAUGAGGAGGAAAAAUAAGAAACUCAGUUUUAGAGAGAUUGAGCUUAAGAAAGUGAGAGGACAUCCAUUUAGAGAUGGAAGAAAGGCAAUUAGUGACACGUUGUAGGACAGCAGGGGAGAGAUCAGGGGAGGAGAGAUAUAUCUUGGUGUCAUCAGCAUACAAGUGGAAGUCCAAACGAAUUGAUGAGUUUGCCAACAGAGGCAGUAUAGAGAGAGAACAAAAGGGGACCAAGAACUAAACCUUGAGGGACUCUGACUGAGACAGGACGAGGGGAGGAGAGGUAAUUGGAAAAGGAGACACUGAAUGAACAUUGGGAGAGAUAGGAGGAGAACCAUGAGAGAGCUUUGUCACAGAGACCAAGAGAUUGAAAAGUUUGGAGAAGGAGGCCAUGAUCAACAGUGUCAAAGGCAGCAGAGAGGUCAAGAAGAAUUAGUAUGGAGUAGUGGCCUUUGGAUUUAACCGCAAUUAGAUCAUUUGUAACUUUAAUCAGAGCAGUCUGUGAGGAGUGGAGGGGUGGAAUCCAGACUGAAGAGGGUCGGGAGAAGGUUGGAAUUGAGGAAGCAAAUCAGAUGGGUAAAAACAAGUUUUUCCAAUUGCUGCUAUGAGCCAGGGGGAUCCAUUCGUGCAUUGAUUCAGUUUUUAUGACUUAACUAAAUAGACCGACCGCUCAGCCUGAAAUCAUGGAACUGUUCUGGGCAGGAGCCUCGUGUGCGGUCGGUCAACUGGGACUUCCAUGAAAAUUGAAAACCCCUGAACCGAUCUGGGUGAUUUUUGGAUAUGUUGGUCACCCAGAUCGGGGCUAUCGGUGGAUGUGACAUUUGUGGGGGUCCUGUAAAUUUUGGGGUGUUUUUCAGAUAUUGUAAAAACUGUGUUCCAUCUGCCCAGAGAUAAUUAAGUUACCCCUUUAUCUGACCCAAUUAUCUCCAGGCAGAGAGGAGGGGAUUUACUGUUUGUACUGGGAGUGUCACUGUUCUGCUCUGUAUGUUUAUUGGUUAUCCUAAGUGGUGUCCCUGUUUUCUACAAGGUCCAGGGGGGUGUUCCCCUGGCCUGAAAACUUGCAUAAAAGCCAGUGUGGCACAAUAAAAUUUCCUUCCUGUUACACCCUUCAUCAUGUUCCGGCUGAUGUUUGGGUACCUGGUUACUGCUUUGAGGAAAUUCAGCUUAAGCGCUUCAUCUACUCUAGAUUAAUAGACGAACGGAGAACCGAACGGCGAGCUAUAAUCACUCUUGCUCUCUGCCGUUUGGUUAAAAACUGACCAACCCCUAGCUACCACUUCAGGGUUUGUUACAAUGUGCAUUAAGGACGGCACAAGACAAGGGGCAAGAGAUCUGAUGAGGUGAGACGGGAUGGGAUCAAGCGGACAAGUGGUGGGAUGAGAGGAAAGGAGAAGUGAGUGAGCACAUUUGUCAAUGUAGACAUGUUUGCGCAUGCUGCUGGUGGUCUGGUUUUUAUGUGUGUCCUAAAUUAAUGUUUUUCUAAACAUCGAUGGUUAAGAGAUUAUAGCACCCUAUAUAAUAAAAAUAUGAAAAAAUUAUAUGGCAUUUUAAACAGCACAAAUAAAGGCUGCAAUAAUAUAAUUGGGUUAAUUCAAUAAUAAAUGCUGUGUAGCCAUUCUUAAUAUUGAGUGAAGGAGGGAAAGGCAGGGCCAGCGGUGAGAGAGACUGUGAUGCAAUUAGCAUCACGGACAGUGUGCUUCCCGCGAAGGGGGCGCGUCACACUGGCACACACAGCCAUCAGGUUAACAGGCUGCCCCACGCUGAGCAUAGCUGUGGUGCUCAUGCAUGGGCAUUAAAUAACCUGAAUUGAAUGGGCUACCAGGAACAGUACCAGGCUGACAAACAAUAAGGAUGAUGAAUCAUAAGUAUUUAGUUAAGUUUGAGUGGGCUGUGUUUGUAUUUAUUUAUUCUAAUUGUCAGCAUUAUAGCUAUGAUUCCUGCUGGCAGUUAAUUAAAUAUAGUAAGAUAGUACAUAUGAACUCUACAGGUUGCACGCCUCUCUAGUAGGACUGCAAGGAAAUGUGAUGGUAAAAGCAAGUGUGACUGACGUUUUCCUAUCAUUAUAGUGUGUAUUGGUUCAGAAAAGUUGAGAAACUCUGUUUUAGAUAAUGCUUUAAAACCUAAAUAAAUGGGUACAAAUAAAUACACUUAGUGUGCAUUCAGUUUUUUGUGUUCUCACAUCUACCUUUAGCUUCUCAAAUUCUUCCCCAAUUAGCCAUUAGUUUGAGUACUGAAAAUCCAAAAUAAGGUAGUGGGGGAAAAAUUCCAUUAAAUAAGAUGCAAGCCAUAGCUAUAUCUUCACUCCAAGUCGAUGGUAGUGAUAGUGAAGAAUAUGUCUUUUUAAAAAAAGAGCUACUCAGUUCAAUGUUUCACUUGUAUCCUGCCAAGGUCUGUGUUUUGUAUUGCUUUAACUCAAAUAAUACACAUAAAUGCAGAGGAACAUUGUCAGUACCUGAGGUGUAUAAUACAUGCCUACCAAGUGUCCCUAUUUAAGAGGGACAGUCCAUAUACAUAAUACUCCCAGUAACGUGUCUGAGUGUAUAACAGAGCUCCACAGCAAUAAUACUCCCAGUAAUGUGUCUGAGUGUAUAACAGAGCUCCACAGCAAUAAUACUCCCAGUAAUGUGUCUGAGUGUAUAACAGAGCUCCACAGCAAUAAUACUCCCAGUAAUGUGUCUGUAUAACAGAGCUCCACAGCAAUAAUACUCCCAGUAAUGUGUCUGAGUGUAUAACAGAGCUCCACAGCAAUAAUACUCCCAGUAAUGUGUCUGAGUGUAUAACAGAGCUCCACAGCAAUAAUACUCCCAGUAAUGUGUCUGAGUGUAUAACAGAGCUCCACAGCAAUAAUACUCCCAGUAACGUGUCUGAGUGUAUAACAGAGCUCCACAGCAAUAAUACUCCCAGUAAUGUGUCUGAGUGUAUAACAGAGCUCCACAGCAAUAAUACUCCCAGUAAUGUGUCUGAGUGUAUAACAGAGCUCCACAGCAAUAAUACUCCCAGUAAUGUGUCUGAGUGUAUAACAGAGCUCCACAGCAAUAAUACUCCCAGUAAUGUGUCUGAGUGUAUACCAGAGCUCCACAGCAAUAAUACUCCCAGUAAUGUGUCUGAGUGUAUAACAGAGCUCCACAGCAAUAAUACUCCCAGUAAUGUGUCUGAGUGUAUAACAGAGCUCCACAGCAAUAAUACUCCCAGUAAUGUGUCUGAGUGUAUAAUAGAGCCCCACAGCAAUAAUACUCCCAGUAAUGAGUCUGAGUGUAUAACAGAGCUCCACAGCAAUAAUACUCCCAGUAAUGUGUCUGAGUGUAUAACAGAGCUCCACAACAAUAAUACUCCCAGUAAUGUGUCUGAGUGUAUAACAGAGCCCACAGCAAUAAUACUCCCAGUAAUGUGUCUGAGUGUAUAACAGAGCUCCACAGCAAUAAUACUUCCAGUAACGUGUCUGAGUGUAUAACAGAGCUCCACAGCAGUAAUACCCCCAGUAAUGUGUCCGAGUGUAUAACAGAGCUCCACAGCAGUAAUACCCCCAGUAAUGUGUCCGAGUGUAUAACAGAGCUCCACAGCAAUAAUACUCCCAGUAAUGUGUCUGAGUGUAUAACAGAGCUCCACAGCAAUGAUACUCCCAGUAAUGUGUCUGAGUGUUUAACAGAUCCCCACAGCAAUAAUACUCCCAGUAAUGUGUCUGCGUGUAUAACAGAGCUCCACAGCAAUAACACCCCCAGUAAUGUGUCUGAGUGUAUAACAGAGCUCCACAGAAAUAAUACUUCCAGUAAUGUGUCUGAGUGUAUAACAGAGCUCCACAGCAAUAAUACUCCCAAUAAUGUCUGAGUGUAUAACAGAGCUCCACAGCAAUAAUACUCACAGCAAUGUGUCUGAGUGUAUAACAGAGCUCCACAGCAAUAACACUCCCAGUAAUGUGUCUGAGUGUGUAACAGAGCCCCACAGCAAUAAUACUCCCAGUAAUGUGUCUGAGUGUAUAACAGAGCUCCACGGCAAUAAUACUCCCAGUAAUGUGUCUGCGUGUAUAACAGAGCUCCACAGCAAUAAUACUCCAGUAAUGUGUCUGAGUGUAUAACAGAGCUCCACAGCAAUAAUACUCCCAGUAAUGUGUCUGAGUGUAUAACAGAGCUCCACAGCAAUAAUACUCCCAGUAAUGUGUGUGUGAGUGUAUAACAGAGCUCCACGGCAAUAAUACUCCCAGUAAUGUGUCUGAAUGUAUAACAGAGCUCCACAGCAAUAAUACUCCCAGUAAUGUGUGUGUGUGUGUAUAACAGAGCUCCACAGCAAUAAUACUCCCAGUAAUGUGUCUGAGUGUUUAACAGAGCUCCACAGCAAUAAUACUCCCAGUAAUGUGUCUGAGUGUAUAAUAGAGCUCCACAGCAAUAAUACUCCCAGUAAUGUGUCUGAGUGUAUAACAGAGCCCCACAGCAAUAAUACUCCCAGUAAUGUGUCUGAGUGUAUACCAGAGCUCCACAGCAAUAAUACUCCCAGUAAUGUGUCUGAGUGUAUAACAGAGCUCCACAGCAAUAAUACUCCCAGUAAUGUGUCUGAGAGUACAACAGAGCUCCACAGCAAUAAUACUCCCAGUAAUGUGUCUGAGUGUAUAACAGAGCUCCACAGUAAUAAUACUCCCAGUAAUGUGUCUGAGUGUAUAACAGAGCCUCAAAGCAAUAAUACUCCCAGUAAUGUGCCUGAGUGUAUAACAGAGCUCCACAGCAAUAAUACUCCCAGUAAUGUGUCUGAGUGUAUAACAGAGCUCCAAAGCAAUAAUACUCCCAGUAAUGUGUCUGCGUUUAUAACAGAGCUCCACAGCAAUAAUACUCCCAAUAAUGUCUGAGUGUAUAACAGAGCUCCACAGCAAUAAUACUCCCAAUAAUGUCUGAGUGUGUAACAGAGCUCCACAGCAAUAAUACUCACAGCAAUGUGUCUUUAAACGACAAUAAAUGUGUUUAGAGAUCAGUCUGUGUAAGUAAGAUACAUUGUUCUUGUUCUAAAUUACAUUUUAGCUGCAUAAAUGUUCUUAGUAAGUUAUCUAUUCAAAUUGGGCAAAAUAGUUCUUAUCUGCCGUCACAUUCUAUGUUUCUAUCUAAAAAAAUAUAAAACAUCUCAGAAUACCCGCACUCACAAACCUAACAUUAAAGUGUCCCCAUUUGUCCAUUUCAAGUGUUGGGAGGUAUAAUAAUGAAUGGCAGACAAAGCCAGAUUAGAAAUAAAAUAACUUGACUGACACAACCGGCACAUCUAGCUAGCGUACGGCACACGGGUCUCAUUAACCAUGAUAGCUUAACCGCUCAAAUACUAGACAUCACAAACCAGUUAAUCAUCACCCUGUUUAUAAUAUAACUCUGUGCAUCGUUAUAUCAUGUUCAUGUUUAAUGUGCUAUGCCUAUCUUUGUUCACUCUUGAAUCUCUUAUCGAAAAAAACAAAGUGCAACGCAUCUCGUACCUGUCACCAAAAUGUUAUCAAUUGCUUACGACUGUAAUAUCAUUUGGAAAUUGUGACAUAUGCAACUAACAAUGCACUUUCAAAAAUAAAGAAUUUAAAAUAAAUAAAUAAAUAAAAUAACUUGCACAGAACUAAGCCCGUUUUCCAAACAUACAAUCAGUCUGUGGCGGAACACGCCUCGCCACUGGGCAUUGGAGAAGACUGAUUGCCAGCCUCCUGCCCUGUGACUAUGGCCCCAUGUUGAAAGGAUGGAUUUUCCCCUGCAAAGACCCAAAAGCUGGGUCUUUCGGUACUUUCCCUAUGUGAGCAGUGUUACCCCAGAUAGCUAUGCCAUGGAGCCCAUUCGUAUAAUGAAAGACUAUGGGAAAGACUUUGGCUCCAUGGCAGUUGAACUGUAUAUGUGUGCUCUGAGCGUCAUUCAGUAAUAAUGUGCGCUCAGAUCUGAGCUAUCAGGGCAUAUGUUAAAUGUACCUGUUUUGUGCAAUGGCUGCACAGUUAUAUGUUUUUAUGUGUUUUAUUGUCUUUUGCUGCCAUGUGGCUAAUGGAGUUUUGCCUCUGUCCUGGAGAUAAUUGGAUUACUUCCCCAAUUAUCUCCAGGAUAGAAGACUCUGUGGAACUGGUAUUGGGCAGAAAAGCCAUGCUUCAUUUGGUCAAAUAGGACUUUUCCUUAACUUUUGAACCACUGGACCAAUAUGUAUGAUUUUGACAUAUGUUUGUAUUUGUGUAUGCUGAUUCUGAAAAUGUAAAUGUGAUGCAUACUUUUCAAGUUAUGAAUAAUGUGGAAAAAACUGUAUUUCUCUGUCUGUGAUAAUUAGAUUAACCAUUGUGUUCAGUAAUCAUAUCACAGCCAGAGGGGAGGAUUUUGUGUGGGAGUGUCUUUCUGUAAUAUACGUGUGUUAUUGGUUGUUAUGUAAAACCCUGUGGGCAGUACUAAGUUUGUGGAUUGGGAAUAAAAGAGGCUGUAUGUGCCAGUCCAGUCAGAUUCUGCUUAACCCUCAAACGAAGUGUCGUCUCGGUAUUGGGGGAAUUGGAUUGUAUGCUGACUGCCAGGAGUGUAAACCUUUCGUAUGGUUUUUCCUGUUCAGCUGUUUCCAGUAUUCGUGAGUUUCCUGUUCGGGAGUUGGGGAAUUCGUGUAGUUUGCAGUUCGGGAUAUUGGUGAUUGCAGUAGCUGUCUGUGCAUCUGAAAGGGGAAUAUUGCCUAAACGUUUUUUAACCUCUUGUGGGCAAAACGGUCCGUUACACAGUCCUUGACAGAUUAUCAUGUUUGAUAUAGCAAUCUUCCUCUGGUUUUAGCAGAGUUGUGGUAAAAUAGUCAUGGUUUCAAAAAGAGCUUGGUGGCACCUUCCAGGUUGUGACUUCACCAGUCUUCAUUCAGAGUCCAGUGUUAGAGAAUAAAUGUACAAAGUUCAGUAUUUUAUAAACAUGGGCUUUCACGAUCUUUAACCUGAUUCAUCUAGAACGGUUUCCACACCUGCUGCUGUCUUUCUCAAGUAAAGGUUAAAAUUGUGUAAUUCCUAUAGAGGCUACUAUAUUUAUGUCAAGUCGAUGGUUUCAAUUUCACGCCUCUGACUUGGUUUGGGGUUUAAACCAUGGAUCUGAUGACUUUCCUGGGUAAAUCAAUCUAAGUUUCCACCUAUGAUUAUUUUAGAAAAAUGCCUUUCCAUUGAUAUGUAUAUAUUGGAUUGCUAACUGCACAGUGGUUAAACUCUUGUUUUAUCGUGCAGAUCACCUGGGAAAUGAUGAAGAAAAUUCCAAUCUUAAAGAAACUUCACGCCAUUGAAAAAGAGGCCGGUAAAAACGUCUUCAUAAAGAAAGAUCAUAAUCACAAACUACACACCAGAUUGGAAGCCUGUGACUUGGGCGACGUGCAUACAUUAUAUAUAGGGAAUAUUCCCCCAACUACAACAAUCAACGAGUUUAAGGAUAUCUUACAGGAGAAAGGGACUCCACCUUUACGACUCUGGUGGCAGAUAGAUCAUCAGAGAGCAUUCUUGAUUACAUGGAUGUGGCCCAGGCGAGGCAGGCAUUGUCUAGCUUGCAAGGAUUAACAAUCCGUGGUAAUUCUCUAUGGGUGGAUAUGGCUAGACCUAGGCAGAAUAAACUUCACGCCAAUGAAAAAGAGGCAGUCAAAAACGUCUUCGUGAAGAAACAUCAUGAUCAGGAAUUAAACAACAGAUUGAAAGCCUGUGACUUGGGCGACGUGCCUACAUUAUAUAUAGGGAAUAUUCCCCCAACGACAACAAUCAACGAGUUUAAGGAUAUCUUACAGGAUAAAGGGGCUCCACCUUUACGACUCAAGUGGCUCAGAGAUCGUCGGAUAGCAUUCCUUGAUUACAUGGAUAUGGCCCAGACGAGGCAGGCAUUGUCUAGCUUGCAAGGGUUAACAAUCCAUGGUAAUUCUCUAUGGGUGGAUAUGGCCAGAGCUAAGCAGAAUAAAGUGUCAAACUCCAAAACUCAGUAA